GUGAAAAAGGAGGAGCCUGUUCCUUGUGGUGGUUGUUCCAUGCAGGUGUCUGGAGACAUGGGGGGAGGUGCAAUAAUAAACUCCAUUUUCAAGGCACCAACUAAGUGCAGGUACACUCAUCUGUCAGGAAGCUGAAGAUACAAUUGAUCAUGUAAACAGAGAGCCUGAGGCUUACUCAUCAUUUCUUCUGAGAGGUGUACAGCCAAUACAGGAGUAACUGUGAAGCAGCAAUGAACUGUUUGCACUCUGGCAAAUACUACUUUCCCUGCUUCCUCCACCAAGAACAGCUGGCAGGGAGAAAGGGAGAAGAGACAUUGCCAAAAGUGAACUCAAUCCUUUCAAAUCCAUAGGGUCUUAAGUUUUGAAGGUCAGAAAUUCUGCUGCUAAAAGUGGUGAUUUGUUAGAUGCUUAUUCCUUCUCCAGCUUUCAUUUUAAUUAACUGCAUGAUUUGGAGCUACUAACUCUUUUAUUUCCUGCUAUCAUUUCUUUAUUUUCAAGUUCAUCCACCUAAGAAUUUGAAUUCUCUAGUUUCAGGCAACCUUAACAAGAUGAAUAAACAUGGUGAUGUGUGUUACUGCAAUGGUCUUGUCCUUGCCUAAAUAAAACUGAAAGGUCCUGAUACAAUUUUUAUGCAAAAGUGGGUUAGUUUCCUCAGGCUUUUUUCUAGGCUUUUUCUGUAUUUUUUUCUCUUUUCCAUGAAGGAAGGGGCAAAGUAUCAGUCAGCAGGUUGUGUGUGUAGCAGACAGGCUGUUGAAAAAAAGAGGACUUUAACAAAGCCAUCUGUCUGCAGCUGUAGUUUGAAUUUCUGAGCUGUGAGGAUUGCCUUCCAAUUAAUCCCUUUUGCAAUCUCUGUGUGAACUGUGUUGGGAUUUGUUUGUUCCCUUUGUAUUAUUUUUCUGGGGCUGAGAUUUCUUCGUCCCAUUUUGCUUUUCUAGGUUUUGUUCUUUGUGCUCUCUCUCUCUCAGCAUGUAUCACAUAUGUUAUUUCCCCACACUCAUCCUUGAUUUUCUUAUUUUACAUGCAGAAUAUGCUGAACUUGGUUUGCUGACUUAAAGCUGCUUUUCCUUUCAAACAGGAAAUGUGAACAUAAAUUGGUUUGGUAUUUAUUUACCACAUUUAUUCUGUGGUACCAUCUUGAAGCUGGAAAACAAAGGUGAUAUGUGGAAUUGAGCAUUUAUCCUCUCUUGUGGAUAUUUCUAUGGAUUCCAUGGGGUGUUUAUUAGAAGUUGCCUCAUUUAUAUUGCCCUGCGACCUUUUAUCUGUAAAUUGAUUGCAUGUCCUUUUCAUUGUGUCAUAAAUUAUUUCCCUACACUUGUAUUUCUGAAAGAAGUGAUCUAUUUUCAAAUGAUGGGAUCCAUAUCCUACUUAGCCAGUUAGGAAAACAAAGAGUUACAGUGAUGGUAACUUUUCCUGCCCACCAUCUUUGACUGCAGAUCAGCUGGCUCCAGCUUCAAGCAGUAUGGCAAAGGUGAAAUAAGAGAAGCCCUGUGUGUGUGGUGGGGAGAGCAGCUAUUCUGAGUUACAUAUAAGAAACAAGUUCAUUUAGGGGGUUGCUGCUAGAUUUGUCAAAAGGCAUUUGUCACGGCAUCAUGCUCCAGGCUUUUCCCUCCAGCCAGAUUUCUGUGUACAGCAUUACAGCUCCGGACUCUGAACAGGCUGCAGGGCAGGAAAGUCCGCGGGUUUGCUACUGCUCGUCCUACCAAGAAGACUUGUGCCGAAAGUAUCGUUCCUUCAAAUGGAUGAAGUUGUGUUUCUGGAGGAGAUGGCUUCUAGGAAUAUUACCUACAGUUUCUUUAACAGUUGCAGUAAUCGUGCUAGUCCGGCACUACUCACUCUCUCCAGCUUUUUCCUUUAUUUAUAUUGGUGGAAGUGUAGAAAUUCCUAAUUUGACUUAUACAAAUGACCUCAAUGAUCCAACAUCACAGAAAUUCCUCCUGCAAGCAAAAGCAGUCCAAAAUUAUUUGGCAGAAACAUAUGAAUCUUCCUUCUUGGGAAAGUACUACUUGAGGUCUGUAGUGGCUGCUUUCAGUGAAGGACAAUCUGGGCUGCGAGCUUACUUCUGGAAUACAUUCUGGGUACCACAAGAUAUGGUUGCUUCUCUUAAAAAAUUAACCCCCAUGGAACAAAAAGAAAUCUGUAAUAAAAAAGCAGCUCACUUGUUCAGUUCUGGGGAGGAGGAUUUUGAUCUUGUUACAAUGGAUCUUUUUGUUUCAGAUUCCACAGAAUAUGAUGUGAUGCUAAAAUCAGCAAUAUCCUUUGACCUGUAUGCCAAGCCAGGUAACAACAGGACUCUAACACUGAUGAAUCCCAAAAAGUCUUUUUAUCAAUGGAGGCUGCGAGUUCCCUCUAACUAUGUGGUGAGACUGGUAGUUGUCGCUUUGCGUGGUGUCACUCCAGAGAGCUGUGCAUCACACCACUUAUCAGCAUAUGAUUUCCUUCUUCCACUGCAGAACAAGAUCAUUACCAGAUGGUGUGAGCCUGGGGCCUGGACUCCUUCUGUUGUGCGUUUAACUUCAUCAAGCAAUGUAAUGUUGCUUACCUUCUCACUGGACCGAAGAGGAGAAAGCAACAUAUUAAAAGCUCACUUUCAAGCCGUUCCUAAAAUCAUAUGUGGUGGUCAUUAUAUUUCCUGGAAUGGGACGCUGAGUUCCCCUUAUUACCCAAGUUACUACCCACCAAACAUUGACUGCACCUGGAUCAUCAAGGCACCAUUACCUGGCUACAAGCUUUCACUAAAAAUCCUUGUAAUACAAAUUCAAGAAAAGUCUCCAGGGUCCAGUAAAUGUGAUAAAGACUGGUUAGAAAUUGAUGGAGUUAGAUACUGUAAAGCUGUUUCAGAAAACAACAGAAACAGAGAAUAUGGCUAUUCUGUUGCAAUCAACUUCCAUUCUGAUGAGCUGGUCACCCACAGAGGGUUUUAUAUUGAAUACAAAGCCUUCAGUGACACAGACCGUUGUUAUCCAGAACAAUUGAACUGUGGUGAUGGGAACUGUAAACAUCAGUAUAAGUCUUGUAAAGAUGAUGGCAGGUGUAGGCAGGACAGUGAUGAAAACAACUGCUCCUACAAAAGUUGCUCCCCUUAUGCAUACAAAUGCCUCAAUGGAAAAUGCCUGCUGAAACCAAAUCCUGAGUGUGAUGGGAAAAGAGACUGUACAAAUGGAUCUGAUGAAAUGAACUGUGCUUGUGGAAGACACCAGCUUAAGAAAAACAGAAUUGUUGGAGGUGAAGAUGCGAGAUCUGAAAAGUGGCCUUGGCAAGCAAGUUUACAGAUGGGAGCACAUGGCCACGUGUGUGGUGCAUCUGUGAUUUCCAACAGGUGGCUCAUAUCUGCUGCCCAUUGCUUCCUGGAUUCUGAUUCUGUGAGAUACUCUGUUCCGAUGCAAUGGAGGGCGUAUAUGGGCUCACAUACUAUUAAUGGAAAGAACAAUCGUGUAGCUAUGAGAUCAAUCAAAAGGAUUAUUGUCCACCCACAGUAUGACCAAUCUAUCUCAGACUAUGACAUUGCCCUGUUGGAAAUGGAGACGCCUGUACUCUUCAGUGAGCUGGUACAGCCCAUUUGUUUACCCAGCACCUCUAGAGUAUUUCUUUAUGGAACUGUCUGCUAUGUAACUGGCUGGGGAGCCAUAAAAGAAAAUAGUCAUCUUGCCAAAACACUGCAGGAAGCUCGAGUGAGAAUGAUUAACCAAAGUGUUUGCAACAAGCUCUAUGAUGAUCUUAUUACUUCACGUAUGCUGUGUGCUGGGAAUCUUAAUGGUGGCGUUGAUGCAUGCCAGGGAGAUUCUGGAGGUCCCUUGGCCUGCACAGGGAAGGGCAAUAGAUGGUACCUUGCUGGCAUUGUGAGCUGGGGUGAAGGGUGUGCUCGGCGCAAUCGUCCUGGUGUGUACACCAAGGUGACAGCACUUUAUGACUGGAUCCAUCAGAAGGCAAACUGAUGAGCCAAGGAGAAAAUGCAGAUCAUCUCUGUGUGAAAGCUGCUUCCUACUGUAGUCAAUUUGAUGAUACAACAUGAAAAUGCCAUUGACUGUUCCUUUGUGAAAGAUACACUUUUAAUGAAGAAACUAUCAUUUGCGGUUCACCUAGCAAUAACUGUUCAAUCUCAGAGGAACUUCAGAUUCCUUAUGGAUUCAUCUUCCUUAGGGCCAUUUGCAGAAACAGCACUGCCUUAAAAACAAGAUAAAAUGGAUUAGAACCUGUAACAAAAAUCCAGCCACACCUCAUUCAUAAACCUUCUCCUCUCCUUCCUUGUCCCUUGUUAUCUAUAUUUGUUUCCACAUGUGCAUAUCUGGAUAAAAAUGACCACAUGCCGUAUAUAUUCAACUCCUUAGGGAUGUUACAGGAUUCUAAACACAAAUAAUUAUUUCAUAGUUCUCAAAAAAAAGAAUAGUGUAUUGUGUAAAAAGCUGAGAUUAAUUCAUUCUAGUUACAUGCUACUGCAUGACUUUUACUUUCUGGGCUGUAACUUUUGGGAUCUCUACUGUGUUUUCUUAAAAAUACCAGAUAUGUAGCUCAAAAAUGUCAGGAUGCAAGAAAUUUUCAUUAAAGAACUGGAAAAGCAUAAUUUAGGUUCUUUGGGAUGAUGUCUAAAUAAAAGGAAGGAAUUAAUGUGUUGUAAUUCAUUAAACAAAAGGAAACUUUAAUGCUUUCUUACAGUCUCUUUAGAAUUUGAACUAACUGUAGAGUCUAAUGUUUGCAAUAUGUUACAGGUAUAUUUCUCCAGCUUUGGCUCUGGCAUGCAGUGUGAAUUUUUAGCAUGUUCCUGGUACGUUAGGGUUGUUUUUCCUGCUGUCCUUGGUCCACAGUAAGCAGAGUUUCAGGCUCAGGAAUUUUUUUGUUGUUGUUGUUGUUGUGUAUCUUUCUGGGCUGUGCCUACAAGGCCACACUAAAUUGAAAUGGACAUAAAAGGAAAAUGGAUUUAUGUGGUUGGAUGCAUCCUUGGGCUCAAAGAAAGUAAAAGAAGAAAUGACAGUAACAUUCCUUUAACCCUGGCAGUAAAUCUAGUUUUGAUAAUUUUAAUCUCCUGAUGAGCUUCUCACUCCAAAUCUAGCCAAUUUAAGGUUUCCAAAGCUGUUUAUGGGACUUCAGAAUACCAGUACUUAGCUUAAUAAAAGAAUUGUCUAGAUGGCCUUAAGACCAUUUAGAUGGUCUUUAAGUUGUGCUCAACAUUUGGAAGUGUUUAGCCUUCACCUUUAACAUAUAUAUUAAAAAACAAAGCUGGCAGUUUGAAUAGCUGUCAUUGCUGCCUACAAAGCACACUUACUCUGCAGUACAUAUGUGAUCUUUGUUUAAUGUUAGACCCAUCUUGGCAGUGUGUGGGGAAAAUGUUGAAAAGAACCAGCACUGUAAUCUGCAUGCAGUGAGGUUCCUCUUUCUAACACUGCAAUUGCUCUUCCUUCCUUUCUCGUGUUGGGCAUCUUGCCCUGGCUCAUGUCAAACUUACAGCAUGAGCUAUAUUCAAAGCCUGUAUGUUAGGAGGUUUGUUUCUUUAAUGGCUAGUCAAUUAUUCACAUCUUCCUUUUUAAUAAACAUGUGCUAAAGCUGCAA